CAGGAGGAAAUGGUUCUCUGCCGGGAACAGUAUUUAAAGAUUAAAUGUUGCCAAAUGAAUGCCUGCGGAGGCGUCUGAGUUUGGAAGGUGGAAUGUCAGAAGGCUCCAAGAGUAUUGUCCUUCCUCAUACUGCUGCUCUGUAGCCAGAUAAUCCUUAUUUACUCUGACAGGGGUUUCUAAGAGCUCGUCUCUCUGAUCAAGUAUCAAGGAGAUAAAUUUUCAUUUUCUCAAAGAAAAGGCAAAAAGUUCUAGCCAGUGGUAUUUACCAUCAUGGAGACCAAGAGCCAUAACAACCCCCAGGAGAGACCCACACGCUCCAGCAACAGGAGGGUUUCGGUGGAAGACAAUGUUUUGUUGAUUAAAGCUGUGACAGAAGGAGACAUUGAGCUGGCCCACCAAUUGCUGGAAAGAGGAGCUGAUGUCAAUUUCCAGGAAGAGCAAGGAGGCUGGUCGCCUUUGCAUAAUGCAGUACAAAACUGCAGGGAGGACAUCGUGGAGCUUCUGCUCCACCAUGGUGCUGACCCUUGCCUGAGGAAGAGGAACGGGGCCACUCCCUUCAUCGUUGCUGGGAUUGUGGGAAGUGUGGAGCUGCUCAAACUUAUCCUGUCUAAAGGAGCAGAUGUCAAUGAGUGUGAUUUUCACGGCUACACAGCUUUCAUGGAGGCUGCUGUGUACGGUAUGGUCAAAGCCUUAAGAUUCUUGUAUGAGAAUGGGGCAGAGGUGAAUUUGAGUCGAAAGACAAAGAAAGAUCAAGAGAGGCUUAGGCAAGGAGGGGCCACAGCUCUCAUGGAUGCUGCUGAAGAAGGACACGUAGACGUCUUGAAGAUCCUCCUUGAUGAGAUGGGGGCAGAUGUCAAUGCCCGUGACAAUAUGGGCAGAAAUGCUUUGUUCCGUGCUCUUCGGAACUCCGAGAAUAGGAAUGUGGAGGUCGUUACUCGCCUUCUGCUGGACCACGGGGCUGAUGUCAAUGUGAGAGGAGAAGGCGGGAAGACGCCUCUGAUCCUGGCAGUGGAAAAGAAGCACUUGGGUUUGGUGCAGAUGCUUCUGGAACAAGAAUGUAUAGAGAUUAAUGACACAGAUAGCGAGGGCAAAACAGCACUGCUGUUUGCUGUCCAACUCAGACAGAAGGAAAUUGCGCAGUUGCUGUGCGACAAAGGAGCCAGCACGGAUUGUGGGGAUCUUGUUAGGAUAGCGAGGCGCAAUUACGACAAUGACCUUGCAAGUUUUCUUCUCCGUCGUGGAGCCAGAGAAGAUUUUCACCCUCCUGGUGUAGACUGGAAGGCUCAGAGCUCACGUUGGGGGACAGCCCUGGAACAUCUCCAUAGUAUGUACCGCCCUAUGAUUGGCAAACUCAAAAUCUUUAUUGAUGAAGAAUAUAAAAUUGCUGACACUUCUGAAGGGGGCAUCUAUCUGGGGUUCUAUGAAGAGCAGGAAGCAGCUGUGAAGCGAUUCUGUGAAGGCAGCACACGUGGACAAAAGGAAGUGUCCUGUCUGCAGAGCAGUCGAGCGAACAGUAACUUGGUGACAUUCUAUGGGCGUGAGAGCCACAGCGGCUGUCUGUAUGUGUGCCUCGCCCUCUGUGAGCAGACACUGGAGGAGCUCUUGGCCACGCGUGGAGAGGAGGCUGUGGAAAAUGAGGAAGAUGAGUUUGCUCGAAAUAUCCUCUUGUCUGUAUUUAAGGCUGUCGAAGAACUCCACCUGUGGUGUGGAUACACUCACCAGGAUCUGCAGCCACAAAACAUCUUAAUAGAUUCCAGGAAUGCUGUUUGCCUGGCAGAUUUUGAUAAAAGCAUCAAGUGGUCUGGCGAGCCACAGGAAAUCAAGAGAGAUCUAAAGGCCCUUGGACUGCUGGUCCUGUAUGUUGUAAGGAAGGGAGCCAUCUGUUUUGAGAAGCUGACGACUCAAAGUUAUGAAGAGGUGAUUCGACUUUCUUCAGACGCGGUGACUCAGAACCUCAUGUAUCACCUGUUCUACCCUGGGGAAAAUGUGAAGGACCAUCUGAGUGGCCUGCUGGAUCAUCCCUUCUUUUGGAGUUGGGAGAGCCGCUAUAGGACCCUUAGGAAUGUGGGAAAUGAAUCCGACAUCAAAACGAGAAACGCUGAAAGCAAGAUCCUCCAACUACUGCAACCUGGAAAAUCUGAACGUUCCACAAGUUUUGCCCGGUGGACUCGUGAGAUUGACAGCUAUGUCAUGCAAAAGAUGAAUAAGUUUUAUAAAGAAAGUAGCAAUUUCUAUCAGAACACUGUGGGUGAUCUGCUAAAGUUCAUCCGGAACGUUGGAGAACACAUUGAUGAGAAAAAGAAUGAAAAGAUGAAGUCGAGAAUUGGAAUACCUUCCCACUAUUUUCAGAAGAAAUUUCCUGAUCUGAUCAUCUACGUCUAUACGAAACUACAGAACACAGAAUACAGAAAGCAUUUUCCAAAACACAGUUCAAACAAGCCUUGGUGUGAGGGAGGCAGUGGUGGUCAGCACUUGAGUGUUGCUGAGCCCUGAGUGCUGACAGAGCCUUGUGUAAUCCUGGGCAAGUCACUACUCUCUGGACCUCUUAACUAACCUGGUUGCCUGGAAGGGAUGAGUUGGAUGGCUGAUGCAGCAGUUCCUGGUCCAAUGCUCGGCAUUUCCCACAUGUUUAUAACAAAAAAGGUAUAUGCUCCAAUUACUCUAGGUCUUUUUAAGGGUAGAGUUUAGGGGGCAGGAGCUAGGAGGGCAUCCUGCUGAGAUUCCUCUUGUCAAUUGCACGAAAGGAGUGAAUGCCUAGACCUCUAAUGCUGUAUGUUUUACAUCAAUUAUCUCAUGUAAUUCUCCCAGUGACCUUGCAAGAUAGGGUUAAUAUCCCCAGAGAAGAACUGAAGAACCUGAAACUCAGAGUUUGAGCUACUUACCCAAGAUCAUACAACCUGUACAGAGCACUGUAUAAAUGGAUGUGGUGGUGUUGUUACCUCUCACUUGGGCACCUUAGAACUUAAUUACUAGCCCAGGGCUCUUCUGCAUGAGACCCAAAAAGAACGUCAAAUGGGCUCCGGGAGGCUCAUUCAUUUAUUCAUUCAAUAUUUGUUGAGCACUAGUAUAAGUCUAGGUAAUAAUUGUAUGCAUUCCAUUCCUUCUAGAACCACCUGCACUGGUUUUCCAUGACCUUAAGGCAGUAGUUCUCAACUGUGGGCAAUUUUGCCCCUCAGGGGCCAUUUGGUAGUGUCAGGAGAUGUUUCUGGUUGUCAAAGCUGGGAGGUAGGUGGUGUUACUGGCAUCUAGUAGAUUGAGGUCAGGGAUGCUGCCACACAUUCUGCGAUCACAGGAUAGUCCCCUGCAACACAGAAUUAUCCAGCCUGAAAUAUCAGUGGUACUGAGGUUGAGAAACUCUGUCUUGAGAGGCUGGGACACUUUUGAACUGGCUUGCGGCCCAGGACCAUGGAGUGUGCAGACCACCUCACAAGGAGUGACUUGGAUUUGUUUCCUUGCUUUUGGAUCUGUAGUGAGACAGUUCCAGUGUCACCUCCUCAAGAAGUCCUCUGACCACCCUCAGUUUCUACACCCCAGUGUGAGUCCUCUUCCUGGCUGCCUAGCACCGUAGCCACAUCAGAGCAUGCUUUUCUCCACCUUGAGCGUGCUUCUUCCCCACUGGAAUCUAAGCUCUCUAGGGCCAAUGAAAUAUAUUUUUUUGAUUUGUGUCAUUACUGCCUAGCAAAGUGUCUUCCCCACAGUAAUGUACAAUAUAUAUUCAUUGAAUAAUGAAUGAACCAUAUUCAUAGAGGAGUAAUAAUGCUACCUUACAUUUUUAUGAUAAUUUAUAACUUCUAAAUUACACCUGCAUAUUUUAUCUCUUUUAGUUUUCAAAACAAUCCCGUAAGGUAAAUGUUGUAAUCCUUAUUUUGCAGAUGAGGAAACUAAGGUUAGAGACAUGCUGAUUGACUCUAAUACAUGCCUAGGAGGUGUCAUUGUCUGGAUCCGAACAGAUAUUCUGGCAUUAAGUCUGAUGUUCUUUCCAUUAUCCUCACUGUGGUGGUGAAGAUGGAGCUUUGUAGUGGGAGGAGCUGGGAAAAACGGUAUCUUAGGUAUUCCUGGGUGUAAAAUGGGUAUCACUGAAUGAAGUUAAGAAGAGCUGGAAGGGACAAACUUAAGGAUUUUCUUUAAGGUUUUAGGAGCAGCAAGAUUGCUUUAGGUUUUAAAGUUAAGCUUUGGUUUUAUGAUUUGUAGUGAGUACCUGGAUAUGUCAAUCAAAAUGUCCAUUUAUAAAGCAUAUUCGAUAAAACUUUGAAUCAUCUCA